AUGGCUUUGUCAGAUAUCUUGGAGCCAUUCCGCGCGCAGGACCAUGGAAAGGACCCCUUGAAAGCACGGUGGUAUAUCGUUGCGAUUGCAGCGCUUGCGGCCGCAAGUGCAAGCGAGGACACACCGGAGCUGUACAGACUUUGCACCGACGGCCUUCCCCUGGAGAAGGAGAAAUUGGUCCAGCGUCGAGUGAAAGAGGCAGUCUUGAAGACAAGCAUGCUUUACGGUGUUCCGAAAGCACUCCAAGCCCUCUACCCGAUGUUCAAUUCUUGGACUGAUGAGCAGAUUGACACAUAUGGGCCAAGGUCGGAGGCGGUUCGAGCAGGAGCGGAUUCAAAGAUACGAGAGGCCCGAGGACAGCAUUAUUUCGAUGUUACAUGGACGCCUGCGAUUGCACAAGCAAACCAGGAGAAGAACCGGAAGUACCAUCCUGACUUCUCUCUCUUGAACCAGCAAAUGCUGUACGAAUGGUGGGUCAGUGAAGACGCCAUUCUGUCGAACGUGGAGACGCAAAUGUGCACCACAGCCGCGCUGGUCUGCUCCAACUCUCCCGUGCAGGCGCUGUGGCAUACGCGAGGGAUCAUACGACAUGGUGGCUCCAUGGCUGAUGCUAAGUUUGCUCAGGAUCUGGGUCUAGCAAUUGCGCGUGCUUACGACUGCAAGACCGGAGAAAUCACUCGAGUGGAGGACAUUGAUUUUUCCGACAUAACCCCACCUUAA